UCAAUAGCCAAGCACCGUUUGUCGCGAUAAGAACAUUCAUUAGGAAUGAUGAGGCGUUACCUAGUAUUCAGUGUUCUGCUGCUUCUCCGGUUUCCAGCAGCCGAAGGGGACAGCUUGCGGGCGCUCCGGAAACUUUUGCAACAGCACGAUGAAGAGGCAGAACUAAAGGAGCGUUUCAGAGCGGACAUGGAUUCUUGGACCGAACAAUUUCACCAAUCUACCUCGAGCUUUAUGCAUUUUGUAGAGAAUUGUCGGCAACCGGGUAGCCAGUGUAGUCCGGGAAAGGUGCAGCGCCAGAUACGUUUACUGCGACGCUUCUACUCGGCACUGCGCAUGCAACUCGAGACUCUGGAACGACAGUACGAGGGCCGUUUGAGGGAUACGGAAGUGUUGCUGCCAGCUCUCUUGGCAGCCAGACAGGCGCUGCAGCAAUACUAUGAAACCCUGAGAGUAGUUAAUGCGCAAACCUAUAAGCUGGUGGCGCAGUGAUAGCCCGGAAACUUGGGAAUAUAAUACAAGCAUGCAUCUAGAAUAGAUGCUCUAUAAAAAUCUGUGCCUAAGACCACAACGUAGUUUCUUGUGUCAACUAGAUCCCAUUGAGUACGUAGAGCAUGCAAUAAACCUAGGCAUAUAAAUCAA